AUGGAAUCCAUGUGGCAAGCCGUCAAGACUUACUUCGGAGAGAAUCCUAUCCGUCUGCACAUCCACUACUGUGAACUUCAAACGCCUUCAGUCCGCAAUGAGAAUAUCGACUUCGGCGUAGAGAUCCCUGAAGAUGUAAUGGGACUCUUCUCUGCCAUCGGCGAUACUUGUAAACCCCCAUGUACGUGUGACAAGAUCGAUGCGCUUUGCCAUCACAUCGAUGACUUUAUUCGCACGUCACCGGACCAGCAAACGCAAGACUACAGCCUGCACAGCGGCAAGAUUGAUCAGACGGCAGAAGAGGUCUGUCAAUAUGCCAUGCGGGACUCUUUGCAGUGGUGGACAAUAUGGCAUGGCUCGCUGGAACACCACCAAUGGAAACAUAUUUACUUGGCCUUUUGCACCAUUUCAGACGAUCUGGUAAUACCGCCGCAGGACUUGAUCAGUGGAUCUUUCCGCCUGCUGGGCCACACACUGGCUGAUGUACUGUCUGGCUUGCGCGCCGAGAACGUCCACCCAGACGACCUUCAGCUUCUGGAGAUGUUAAUCUGGCGUCAGUACAUUAUUCAGUACGUGGAGAAGGUUGACAGCCGCCUUCGCCCGUUGCUCCUGGGAAAUACUACUCUGAUGACCCAGUUCCGUGUCAUGACCGCGGGCGUGCACAACGUGGCCAUCAUCCUGCUAGCAGCACGUGGCGCCCGAUCUCGUGGGCUAACGGAUGCCGCCGUCGAGAUGGCCGCCAUCUGCGAUUGUCUAUCUAUGGACAUUGCUAAGGAGGCGAUGGGUAUCCUGCAAGGGGAGAAAACAGAGUCCGUUGCCGGCCACGAUCGUGCCCAGCUGAAGCGUGAACUGCGCUGGCUCUACAUCCGAUGUAUUGAGUUCCUCGACCUCCAGCCCAGUGCUCCCUUCCUGCGCCGCUACGCUACGGGAGGCUUCAUCUUUGUGCCCUUGAUGGAUCGCUAUCGUGAGCGAGCGCAGAAAGGUGCCCGAACUCCAUUGUCGAUCGAUCUGGACCGGCGUAUCAACUCGUACCGAACAUUAGUUCCCUCCGCCGCCUCGACCCCGAGCAGCUGGAAGAAAGGAUACCUCGCUGGUCCUGUUCAAAGCCUAAAUAAUCUCCUAGGUAAUAAGCCUUGGCUAGCUUUCAUGAUGGUGUGGUCUUUUGCAGUUAUGUGGUCGCUUUUUGCUUUGACGAGUGAGAAGGUCGACGUUGCGCACGAAAUCAUGAGGUCCCCUGUACUUGGAUAA